UUCACAUAACAAUCACAUACUUGCUACGUUUACUAAUGUGUCCGGGUCACAGCUGUUCAAUGAAUAUGUACACGGAAUCCGAUCCUUCACAAAAACUAAUACUAUUUACGUAUCCACAGAUCGACUUUCUCUAUUCCGUAUGUGUUCCUAUUCCUGUCAUGUUCUAGGUGAGUUGGUUUCAUUGACUUAUCUUGGCUGAAUCGGCUGUGAAGUAUCAAGAAAGCGGCAGAAGCACAAUGCUGUACAACACUUCUCGCAGUCGACUUUUCAAAGCCCACACAAAAGUAAUUCCACAAAUCGCUUACGAUUUCCUGAUAUUAUCAGGCUGGAAUCUUUGUUAAACUUCUGGAAUCACUAUUAGGGCUACUGAAGAGGUGUCAAAUCGAGUGCAGGAGAGUCCAGGUACUAGUUCAACGCAGCACAAAAUAUUCUUCAGUCUUCACAAAUGAACUUUCAAAAGGCUAUCACAAGGCCAAACCAAUAACUACGUCCUCCCGUGGGUAUUUCUUCUUGCUUCUACCUGCUAAAUUAUCUGAAUAACCACGAAAGUGCCUUCGAAGGCCACCAGGGCCAACCAAAAGGCUGAAAGAUGGAACAGCGGCAGGAUUAAGAAUAAAGGAUCUAGUUUAAGGUCACCCGGGGAUUUGUUUACAUCGGGAGUGCAAAUGGCCGGCGGCGGGAGGUAAGACAGGGAAGGACCUCUGGCGGCCAGCUAGGCAAGCCACACUGAAAGCAUCAUGACACGGAAACCGCUCUCUCCUCAUUAAUGAAGUGAAAGAAGUAUUUCUCCAAGAUGGACUAUCCCAAGGAAGUACAAGAAAAACUUGCUCAUUUGCGCUCAUAUGUCCCAUUUGUGGAGCGUAUGAUCUCCAAGCUACAAGUGCGCUCCCAGAUGGUAGGUGCGAGUCAUGGACAACUUGAGAGACUUCAUGGCUUGCACGGGUUUCUCACUAACCCAAUACCGAGAGUGCCAAGAAUGGAGAUGUUGGAGAAGAUGGAAGCUGUGAUACGUAGUAUGCAAGACAAAGUCCACAGAGCACAAGGGAAAUCAGCUGGAUCCAGUCCUGUUGCAGGAAACACACGUUUUCCUCAAGAAGCUGGUCAUCCACGAACAGGAAGUAGCUCAUCUGAUCCAAGAACAUCCAUCAAACAGUCUUUUGGGCCUAGCCGGAGCUUUUCAAAUGUAGGACAAGUGAACAGCCCACAAAGAACUCAUCAACAUUCACCAGUGGCUCGAUCAGGAUCAGCUGACUGGCAAAAUAAAAAGGACUCUGGUGGAAAAGGUGAAAAGCGAAGAGAAGGACAAAGUGAAAGGCCCAGAGAAAGAGGAUCAGAGCCAGUCAGAGAAGGAAGCUAUGAUAGAAAUAGACGAGAAAGUGAUCGUGGGGAUCCAAGACAUGGUGAGAGAAGUAGAGAUCGGGGAAGUGAUCGGAGUCGGGAGAGAGAGUAUGAGAGGAGUAGGUCGAGAGAGUAUGAACACAGACGAGAGAUGGACUCACACAGGUCUCGAGAAAUGGAGAGAGGUUCAGACCGGGAUGGUAGAUUAAGAAUUUCUAGUGAGAAAGAAUUUGAGAGAAGACAAGGAAGCUCUAAAGAUAGAGAAUAUGAAAGAGACAGGAAUAGAGAGUUUGGUAGAGUUAGCAGUUCUCAGGAAAGAAGCGAAUAUGGUAAAGAGAGAGAAUAUCGUCGCAGGAGUCAAGAUUGUAGCGGUGGUGACAAAGACAGGAGACAGAUAGAGGGACGGAGCAUUGGAGAACAAGAAAAGACACAAAGUGAAGGGAAAGUGUCUUCAAGAUGGAGCAGUCUUCUUGAUCUCCCCAUGCCACCCCCAACAAUUUCCCAAGAUACACCACAUUCUAGUGAUUCCAAGAACACCAGGCCUAUAAAUGAUGAAAAAUUCCAGAAUUCCAGGGAGAAGCUUCAGAGGUUAUUUGGUAUACAAGGAGAAUCCUCUGGAAGCAAAGAAAGGGAAGGAAAGCCAACAGCAUCAAAGUCUAGGGGAUGGCGAGAUGAAGUGAGGGCUAGGAAGGACAGUUUUCUUUCCCAGAGAUACACCCAGAGUUCUGGUGACAUUGACGAGCGAGUAGAUAUUCAUCCUCAGAGACACAAGUUGCCACCACCAAGGGAACCUCCUUGGGAAGCUUCUCACCGCAAUACAUCCAUGGCUUUCCCUAAGACUAAGACUCCUGAAUCAAGAGAUCACUCAGAACAGUGGAAAUCUGGAACUGUGAACAAAAACACUGAAAGUAAUCCUGCAAAAGGUGAGCACUUUGGGUCAGCAAGGGAUACACCUCUAUCACCUGAUCAGUCUCCAGUUCGCCAGUUUGACUCACUGGACACACCCAUGUCCCCUGAUGCAGAGGCAUCUUUCAGCCCAGUCAUACCUUCAGAGGAGUGCACACCAGUAAAAACCAUUCCUCUGGAAAAUGUCCAGCAGAAAGGAGUAGAUCUUGAAGCAAUAAAGAAAGCUUUGGCUCAAAUCCGGGCAAAUGAAAAGAAGUCUGAAGGCAGUCAAGGUCCAUCAUAUCGUUAUGAAGACUUUGUUGGCCCUGCUUCAAGUUCUAAGCCAGAUGAAGAUGAGCCAUAUGAUCCAGAGGAGGUAUGGAAUAAUCAAGCACAAAGAGCAUCUGUAGCAGAUAAAUCUGGGCAUCCCAUAAUAUCUAAUUCUGGAGAUACUGAUUUGCGCUCAGUACCAAAGGAUUUGACCUCCCUACCUCAGAAUUAUCAAGGUAAAGUACAGCCCGGAAAAGUUGGAUUUCCAGGUUCUGUAGCAUUUGCUAAAGAGGAAACUCACAGUCCUGGAUCUUCUAGAAGUGCACUUCCACCAAACAAGUCUCCUCAGAGGCAGACAAGUAUUGAUAGCCCAAGAACUAGUGUGCCGUCAGGUCUUCCUGACCAUCCUGUAACACCAGGAUCUGGAUGGUUUCAGAGUGGAUCAGCUUCAGUUCCAAGAUCAAAUAGUUCAAGUGAUACUGAUAUGAGAGUCCAUCCUUCCAGAGGAACAUUACCAAGGCACAUAGCAUCACCACAAGAAUCGUCAUCACCCAUAUCACAGCCAUCUCCAUUUCAGUCUCCUCGCCCAGCUCAUCCUCCCCCUGCUUCUGUAAUUGCUCAGAGAUCUACAAAUAGACCACCUGAGGACCUGCCUGAUAAAGAUGCACGUAGCUACAUGGGGAGUAGGUUUGACAGUGUUCGUUCAAGAAUUGCCCACACUAGUAGUGAACUCAUCAAGCCAGGUCAACAAGGUGUUGCUGCUAGCCAGAUGGAAAAGUAUAAGAUUAAGAAACAAACAGUAUCAGAAAUAAAAUCAGCAUCAUCAUCUUUAAAACUAGACGUGGGGAAUAAAAGUAAGGAUUCUGUAUCAGUGCUUGACCUCUUACUUCCAGAGGCAAAUGAAACUAAAGCAGAAGAAAAUCCAUCAAACCGGGAUCCUCAUCAACUCAGUCAACUCCCAAGGGAUCCAAGAUUAAAACCACCCGAUGUGCCAGAAAGUGACACUUUGAGUGGUACAGUACAUGCUAGAGAUCCCAGAUUACCAGUUAGUGCAGGGCCUUCACGAGAUCCUCGCCAUCAGACCAAUCGUGAUCCAAGAAAAGAUGGUGGUAAGUUCCCUGCUGGUUUACAUAGAGAAGAUCUGCCUAGACAUUUUGGAACUCCUGGCUCCAUAAAUAGAGAUCCAAGACAAGACUUGGGGAAAGUCACCCAUGGAACAACCCCAAUUAGAGACCCAAGGCAUGAACGUCUCCCACUAAGAGGAGUCAGAGACAUCAGGCAAGAAACAGGAGGAUUUCCUUCCAUGGCAGGCAGUCAACCCAGAGACCCAAGAAUGGUUUCAAGAGGGGACAGACCUACUUCUGUUUGGCCACAGCACCAGCAACCCCCAGUUCCAGCAACAAGUUAUGGGAUGCAGGCACCUCCUGUUAUUGCUGAUAACCCUCCUUCUCAGUCUGCUAGUGGACCUUUGAUUGGGCAAACUUUUACUUGCCUAAUGAUGAGAGGACUGCCUUCAUUCACAAAUUCAAAUCACAUAUAUAUCUUUUUUCAAGAAUACAUUUUACGUGAUAUUUCAAUAGAAUUGGACAAUCACCUCAAGUGCAAGGGUACCGCUUAUGUUCACUUUCCGAGCCAUCAGAGUGCUCGUGAAGCUUUAGAACUCAUGAAUGGACACUUUUUACAAGGUUCUCCAAUAACACUUAGAAUAUGUACUGUGGGUAUACUACGUCAAGCCAAAAAUGCAUAUGAAAAUUUAAAUAGAGAAAGAGAAGCUCGUCUUGGCAUUCCAGAGCGCCCUAGAGGAAAUGGCAAUCCAUUUUUCAAACCUCGAUCUAAAGAGCCUCGCUGUAAGUCACCAGUCCCAGUACCCAAAUCUAGUACUGGUAUGUCUGAAAAAGCCAGUGAUGUGCCAGAGUCAGAAGGUAAUAAGAACCAAGGACCAGGGGAAGGAAGUGAUGUUGGAAGCACUAGUCAGUACUCUGAAUUGUGUGGAAUUAAAGUUCCACCAAAAUCAACAACUGGUUUUAAGAUUCCAAAGAUACGAAAGGAUGAACCUAAGCAGAAAGAUAUCAGUAAGGAAGAAGGUACAAACAAAUCACAAAAUCAGGGAAAGGCAACCAAAAGUAAUGCUGUAAAAGUAUCAUCAAAAGACUCUUCAGAGUCAGAAGAUGAAGUACAGAAUAUAAAGGCAGCAAACACAAAGACCAGGAAAUUUAAAAAGAUAGUGAUUCUAUCAGACUCAGAGUCAGACAGUGAUGACAUUAAGAGAUCUGGAAACAAAGGGAAGAAGAAAUCUGCAGUCAGCACAAAGACUGAAAACAAGAACAGGAAAGAAGCCAGUGCUGCUUAUGAUGGUGGUGAAAAGGAUGAUGAUGGGGGUGAUGAGGAUGAUGAGGAUGAGGAUGAGGAUGAUGAUGAUGAUAAUGAUAAUGAUAAUGAUGAUGAUGAAGGCUUUAUGGUAAUAGAUGAAACCAUCUUAUCAGAUAAUGACGAAUCAGAAGUAAGUUCUCAAAUGUCUGAAGAGCCAUCGGAUAUAAGUUCAAGCUCUAAAGACAGGAAAAAGGUUAAAACAAAAACUAAAAAGACCAGUGGAAAACAAAAACUACGAAGGAAAUCAGGUUCUUAUAAAGGUAGAAAGAAAUUGCAAACUAAUUCUGCAUCAGGAAAGAAGGGACGUGGAAAGAAAAAUGCAGAUAAGUACUUGCAUGACAAUUCAUAUAAACCAGAUUUGUCAUUAAACUCUUCAGUUGGACUAAAACUAACCAGACAUACUCAGGGAGAGUUAGAAGAGUUGAUACCUGAAGAGAAAAAACUCAAAGUGUUAAUUCCAGUUCCUCUUAAGAUUGUAAAAACAAUAUGUGAGGAUGAGAAGUUUAAAAAGAAGGGUGGAAGACAAAAGGUUGCUGAAAAAGUGGUACAACCUAAUGACAGUCCAAAAACAUCAGUAGUAAUGAUCUUGAAAGAAAUUCCAGAACCUUUACCAGUAGACGUAGUUGUGAAAUCAGAUUCUCAAGUGAAACCUGUAGAUAACUUAAUUUUGCCUGUUGAUGGUUAUUGGGAAUAUACUGCAAGGUAUGGCCCAGUUGGGGAGAUGUUUUUACCUGAGAAUACACACCUUAUGGUUGCUUUGAAAAAAGAGGUAUCUGUUGGUACACCAACUUCAAGAAAAGGUAAGAAGAGGCAAAUCUUAUAUUCAACUUCCACAAAUCCAUCAAAGAAACCAAGAUGGGACAUUUCUUCAAGCCUGUUUAGAGACCAGAAAAGUGACACCGCAAGCAUGGACAGGAUUGAAGGUAUACAUGGAACUUCUAAAGAAGAUACCAGUGAAUCUUGCAGUGGUGCAGAGAAGCGAAGUCUCCCCGUGUCUUACAAAGGAAAUGACAAUAAAAGAUUGUGCUUGGAUAAACAAAAUGCUAAGAGUGAAGGAACCUCACAUUAUGAUCUCUUUGAUGAUGAUCCUGACCUCAUGCAGAUCACUCCAACUCUCCUUGAUGUUGAUGAAACCAUAACUAGUGCACUGCCAAAUGCUUCUGCCCUAGCAAGUGUACUAAGUCCUCCUCAUGUAAGUCAUGCAGUGACAGAAAACUUAAACCACAAAGAGGGGACUGAUGGCAUAUGGACAUCAGGUAAACAUCCAUCUGGGGAUGAAAAACUGCCAUUUGAUGUAACAAAACAGUCACAUUCUGGAAAUGUCAUAGAAGAUGACAUAGUAUUAGAGGAGAUGAUAAGUAUUGCCAUGAAAACUGCUGAUGCAGAAGAUAAAUUGGGUACUGAAAAUAAAAAUCAACAAAUGAGUUUUGCAGACACAGGUGAUGUCAAAGUAAAAGACAAAUUAAAGGAAAGUGUUUCAAGUUGUGAGUCAAAUCAGUCCAGUGUUAAAAAUGUAAAAAAGGGUUCUGAAGUAAAUGAAGAUCACAAAAGAGAUUAUUCUGAAAAUAAAGCCACCAAUAUUAAAAAAGAUCAAGAAGAGCAAGUAGAAAGUAGCACUUCAGAUAAUCCUAAGCAGGCAGAAGCAAUUAACACUCGAAGUGAAGUGUUAAAGGAAUUACAUGUUCAGACAAAAACAGAUAAUUCUGAUAAUGUUUUGAAAACAGACGGUGAUUGUGAGAUUGUCUCUGCUAAGAAAACUUCAGAAGAUGCUAAAGCAGUUAAUGAAGAACUUUCUUGGAAGACAAAAUCAUCUGAGGAAUUCUUCAAAAUCAAGUCAGAAGAAGCUACACAAGGUGAGACUAGAAAAGAAGAGGAAUCAUUAGAACUCUCCAAAAAGCAUGAGUCAGAUGCUGGCACCAAGUUGGAUAAAGACAGUGGUAGUGGCACUGGCAUUCAUGAAGAUACUGAUGAUGAUGUAGCAAGUGUUGGGAGAGUGAGUACCAGCAGCUUUGUUGAUGAUGCCUCUGUUGUCUCCAGUGAAGGCCAUGAUGUCAAGACUCCUGAAUCUCAGCCACCUAAAAGAGGGAGAAAGGGCAAAAAUUUGACAGUUUUGCCACCGGUGGAAUGUCGUAGAGUUACUCGGGGUUCAGUAGUGGAACCUCUGACAGCUGAACACGUUGAGUGGGACGACGGUGGCAUUGUGGACUUGUUUCAGUGUGAUCAGUGCGACUAUUUUGGUCGUCAUAUUGCCCACCAUCUUGUAAAUUUUCAUACUGAUAGAGAAUUACCUUGUGAGUUCAAAAAGGAAGACUUCCCACCUGUCAUUAAAGACUAUGUAGGACCACCACAAGAAGGCAUCAAAGAAAUUGUAGCCCUAGAUUUGAGCUGGAUUCCUAAUGCUAUGAAUUUUGAUGAAAAUAUUACUUGUAAAGAAUGUGAUUAUUGUUCUAGAAACAGAUUUGAUUUGAUUUAUCAUUACAUAGAGCAUUUUCCUAAGGCAGGAGUUUGCAGUGUGUAUCAUUGCCGACUUUGUAAUUACAUGUCUGAGAAGAAGGAGAACUUUUACAAUCAUGUCUCAAGUCACACAGGAGAGUACCGCUUCAGGUGUGAGCUGUGUGGUCAUAAGACAUACAAGAGGGAGCUCCUUGAGUCUCACCACAAGGAAAGUCACUUGACUCAGCAAGAAAAUUUCUCUGAGGCUCCAAUGAUAGAAGAGGAUGACUGGUUGUAUAUAUAUGUCUGCAAAAUUUGUAUGUUUGUAAGAAUCAGUUUACAAGAAGCAGAGAAUCAUGUUCAACAAAAGCAUGGUGGAAAGGCAGAUAUCCAUAAAGCCAACAUGAGGAGGCCCAUUGUUUUGCAUUCUGAAUUGAGAAAAUCAGGAAAUGAGUCAGACAGUACUCCUCUGUCACGACCAAAAUAUAAAAAGAAAUGCAAGAAGAAGAAAGGUAAGAAGCUCCCAGAUCUUGAUGUUUUUCUUGGAGAAGAGGAAGAACAUGGGGAUGAGAUUGAAGAGGAAGCAAAACAGUUAGUUGAUAGGAUAUCUUUUAAUAUUCACACAAGUAUGUCAGUACAAGAAGCAAAUAAACGGAUGUCAUUACUGAAUUCCAUAAGUAAGAAGUUAGAUGAAGAAACUGAAGAGGAAAGCAUGGAAUAUGACCCCAAGGUUGGAAGUCAAGCUGGAGAGGAGUCAUCUAUUGCUGUUUCAUCUCAAGCAUCACCAGUUGAGAGCAAGCCAUCCACUGUCAGUGAAAAAACCAGCAAGGAUAAAGGUUCAGAAGAAAAAACAAAAAAUGAAACCAGCAAGGAUAGUGAUAAAGAAGAAAAAACAAAAGAUGAGACAUCUAUCAUAAGUGGAGGAAAAAUCAUCAAUGAUAAUGCUAGAAGAUUGAAAGAAACAGAUAGCAUUUCCUUAGAAAGUGAUACUGAAUCUACCAUUAGUGCUGUUGAACCAGAAUCUUUUGAAGAUGAAGUUGUUAUCUCAGGGAAAGGUUCUCUCCAGGAUACAAUUAAGAGGCUCUCUGAGAAAUUAGAUUUGAGUGCCAAGGAACAAAAAACCUCACAUCAAGAAGAGGAAGCCAAUAGGACUAAGGAGCAGAAAGAAAAGCAGCCAGUUGGCCAGUGUACAAACUCUGUUAGUGCACAUGACAAUGACAGUGAUUCGGAUACAUUAGUUAUUUGUGAGGAUGCUGAUUCAGACAAAGAAGGAGAGACAUUCACAGACUUGCCACAAUCAGAAGAGAGUUCAAAACAACCAGCAACCAUUGUAGAACCAUCCAAGAUAUCACUGCAAGAUUCCAUACAAUCCAUAUUGCGAGAAGCAUCUACAAAAGGCCAAAGUGGAUUUCCUGUUCCGAAGUUAAGAAUCCUCCCAGCUCAUCGACUCAUUGACCCACAGUUCUCUCCUAAGGUACAAAAUCCAAAGGAUCAGUCACAACAACAACCAUCCCAAUCCCCAGUGAAACUGAUACAGAAAAGUGGUUUCAUCAACAUGUUUAAAUGUUGUGUAGAUGGCUGCAAUUAUAGUAGCAGAAACAAUGUGGACCUGAUUCAACAUAUCAUUCGUCACCAUGGACCAUAUAAGUGUAUUGCUUCCGGCUGUCGAUUUGUUACGAAAUCUAAGGAGUUAUAUGAAAUGCAUCAUCAAACAUUACAUUCAAAGCUAAAUUUCAUGGUUUGUGCAUUUCACUGUAGUAAGGUAUUUAAGGACUUCAAGGAGUAUAUUGACCACCUGACAGAGUGCCACUCAAAACAGUUCCAGGAUGAGGAUCAGUCAGAAGAAGAAUCUGAAAGCCCAGGCUUCUUGAAAAUUGAAAGUGUGAGCACCUUAGAUCCUGCAGCAGCCUCCCAAAUGUUUGGUGAUGAGUAUGCAAGUAUUUCAUCAAGUUCCACCCAAGGCCAGUCACCAACAAAGUCGGGUAUAAGCAACUAUCAAAAAAUAGCACCAAAGCCACCAAUAUUACCUGUUCCUGUUUCAUCUGGCAACAAUUUAAUCACCACUGCUAUAAGCCCUGGGUCAUCGGAAAGAAUCAUCACAGCCAUGAGUCCAUUGCACAUCAAGCUAUCCCCAAGCCGUUCAUUGAUUGGCGUUAUACCCAUUUCCACCAACCCAUCAGAAACUACAGCAGUUGUUUCAUAUUCUUCCAACUCAUCAACCAAAAGUCAGCAAAGUGAGGAAGCUACUACCAUUUCCUCAUCUAUGUUAGAGAAGGGUGGUCAGCCAGUUUGUGUGACCAUUGAUGAGGAGGAGAGCCAGGAACAGAAGACAUCACCACUACCACCAGGAAUUGCCUCGCUACCCAAGACUCCGCCAACAGUUCCAAUUCAGUUCAUGUUCCAAUUAUAUCAAACAGCAGAUGUUUUCAAGACAUUAAUAACAAAACUUGCUCCUGAAGUAUUCAAAUGCAUGUACAAUGGUUGUAUUUUUGCUGAAGAUGAUCCUGACACAUUUACAAAUCAUAUCAGAGAACAUGGAUGUGAAUACAGAUGCUGCUACUGCCUGGUAUUGAUGGCAACUCCUGAGUAUUUAGUGCAGCAUGUUAUCAGAGAACACAGUCACUGUCAGUUCCAGUGCAGAUAUUGCCUUUACCGAGCCUUCACCAAGAUUUACAUGGGAGUGCAUCUGAAAAACUUUCAUCCGAAUGAAGAACCUCGUUAUAUAAAGGUUGAGAUAAUUCAGCCUAAUCCUCCUGCAAACCCACCAAUUGACCAGUUUGUGAGGCCUUACAGGUGCACUUACCAAGACUGCCAGUACAGAACUGUGGAUGCUGAAGCUUUCAAGAGUCAUGUCAAUAAUCAUGGACCCUUUGUCAUCCUAAGCUGUGACUUCUGCCACAAGCAUCUUCAUGUCAUUCCUCUUAUUGAUCACAUGCGUGAACAUCAGAUGAACGAGUAUCAGUGCCCCUAUUGCUUGCAUGGGGAUGCUGAAAAAGAGAGGCUCCUUAGUCACCUUCUGAACUGCCACUCUGGACGUCCAGGAAAAGUACUUUUACGUAAGCAGAUCACUUCAACUAUCAACAGUACUGCUGCUCCUUGUACUGACAUCUCAUCAUCCCAGCCAGAGCCACCUCCUCCACCUCCUGUUGCCAUGACUCAGAGUGACUCAAAUUCUGAAGUUACAAAUAAUGAGGCUUCUGAAACAGUGGGCAGAUCCAAAGAGGAAGAAGCCAAAUCUAUUCCACAGUCAUCUGUUAAGGAAAUGCAGAAGAUUCGAAAGAGAUCAUCAAGGAGCUCCAGUUCUGAGGCAGAUGGCACUAAAGGAAAUGAAGAUGGCAGCAUCUCAAAUCUGAGUACUACAGGGGAUGAGAGUUUCCUUCAGGCAGCAGAGAAGACAGGUCUUAGUGGUCAUGCUCUUUACCAUUGUGGAAAUGAUGGCUGUGAGUACUCAAGCUUAUCACAAAUCCAACUCAGGGAACACCUACAGGUUUGCGAUCUGGCUCAAGAUUCAACCGUUCUCAGGUGUUACCAUUGUGGAAAGCAGUGCCGUCACCUGAGCACCCUGCUAGAUCACCUUCGAGUACAUGGGCCAAAACGCUACUGGUGUGGAGUAACAGGAUGUGACUAUCGAGCCACUAUGGUUCAUUACUUUAAGAACCACAUGAAGCAGAUUCACCGAUGUUCAGGAUUUAAACAACUCCUGAAGGACUCAAAGAACAAAGAUCCUGAGAACCAAGAAUAUGUGGUGUACCCCAAAGAUGCCAUCCCAGCUGCAAGAGAAGGACAUAGAAAGAGGAAGAAUGAAUAUUCGAUAGAAGAUAUUCACCGUAUUCCACGCGCUCAUGUUUCAUACCAAGAGCUGAAGUGUUAUCAUUGCACAUUUGUAUCGAAAGUUCGUUUGAAUUUAAUCAAGCACAUCAAGCUUCAUGAGAAGUUUCCUGAUGGAAUUCCACAGAGGCUAAACAUUGCAAGUGGAUCAUCUUGUUCAAUACCAUAUAAGCAGCCUAUUAAUCCUGUGCCUUGCCUGGAACGAAAGGAGCUCAUGUUUGAUAAGAUGAUGAACUUAGCAGGCAGCAGUUUUGAAACAAAAAAGAAAAAGGAAGACAGUGACUUGAGAGCAAAGAAUCCAAUACCACCAGAUGAGUAUCAGCGACUUCCUAAACAUGUCCCAGAAGAAAGACUGUAUACAUGUGGGAUUGAAGGAUGUAACUAUUUGUCGUGUGAUGACAUGAUGUUGAAGUAUCACAUUCGGACACUUCAUGCAGAUGCCACCACCUUUCCUUGUCCCCAUUGUAUCAAUCUGUCUAUCACUGUGGAAAAGAUGAGUUCUCACUUCAAACUUCAUGGAGAAAGACUGUACAGGUGUGGUAUGGAAUCUGUUGGGAAUAUCCCUCAACCAGUGCUUCAGGAAGCACAGUGGCAGUGUGGACUGUGCAAGUUUAAUUCUGUGACACAGCAAGAGAUGCUCAACCAUACAAGCUUAAAACAUUCUAUCAGGAGUCAGUUCAAAUGUGGAUAUUGCAGUGUCAGAUCUUCAGUCAGAUCAAGUUUUGAUGCUCAUUUUGCUGCCAAGCAUCCAACUCAACAGUUUCGGGUACUUUGUAUGUAUUAUCGGUUAGACUCAGAAGAUAUUGAGCCUCUAAAUCAUGGAGAUGCACAGCACAUGCACGAGCCACUCUGGAAGCGCAAUGAUCCUGAACGUAUCCGCCAUAUUCGGGGAAUCUUAAUUGAUGAUGACCCAGAAACUAAAAAGAAUUUGUUCAAACAAAUGGGCACAGGGAAACCUGACAAAGGGGAGUUUGUUUGCCCAAAGUGUGGAUCAUUCAGAACCAGUUGUGUGUCCACCUUCCGCUCUCACCUGUGCCGGGAAGCAUCCUAUGACAGGUAUCAGUGUGUAGAGUGUGGGCUAAAUAAUUCCCUCUUGCCCAGUCUGCAACGCCAUUACACCAAGAUGCAUCAUGCACCAUUUACCUCAGAGUGUUACCUUGAACUACCUGUUGAAGAGGAAAAGGAAGGCUGGGUCGAACAGGUCAUUAACCAUCAGAAGAACCUUAUAAAGAAAUGGCAAGAGAAAGGUGAUACUGAUCCGUCAUUUGAAUCUCCAUCCCAAACUGGACAAUAUCAGAUGCCCCAGGGAAAAUCAGCCGUUUCGUCGCGGCGGUCUUCAAAUGCCAGCUCCCAUUCCUUGUCGAGUGAAACAACCCAGGAGCAAGGUGGAAUUGUUCUACAUGACUCUGGCAGUGAGCGUGGUCGUUUCAUCUGUGAUACAUGUGGGUCCGAGUGUCGCUCAGCUGCUGGACUCAAAAGCCAUACAACAGCCAUGCAUCAAGCCAGAUUCAAAUGCCAUUACUGUCCAUUUGCAAGCAACAGUGAAGAUGCAGUGAAGCAACACAGUAUUGCCAAACAUCCUAAGUUACAGAGUGAAGUGUUGGAUGUAUCGCAACGAAUCAAAGUUCAGAGAGGAGAUAGUGUCUCUGACGAAAACAAAACACAAGAAAAAAGUAGAGAGAAUCAAAAGCAGGAAAGCAUUGCUUCACCAGCUGUGGAAAGUUCUCUCACUACAACUUUAGAAUCAAGUGCUUUGAAUCUCCAGUGCUUUGAAGAUGUAAAUGAAGAAACAUGUGAAGGAGAGGUUGCUUUAGAAAUAGAUCCUUUAGAAGACUCACAAUCUUCAGUGGUAAAGACUUAUAGUUGUAAGUUUUGUCCAUUUACUACAACUACUCCUUCAGGUUUGAAUCAUCACAAGCGCACAAAGCACAAAGAGACACGUUUGUUCAUGUGUAUGUACUGCAAAGGACGAUUUAACAGCCAUGUAGAUGCCUUACGUCAUCAUAAGUGGAAACAUUUAUUACAAAAACCAAACAUUGUUCACACAUUGUAUAGCAAAGCAGAAGAAGGUCAUAUGAAAGAACAAACUGAUUUCAGUUACUCUGAAGGCAGUGAAGUAAUAUUACCCUCAAAGGGUAAAUCAGGAGCAAAGUUAGCAUUAGACACUAAACCUGGUAAAUCGAAAGCCAAGAAAUCUUUUACAAAGUCAUCAUUCAUCCCUAGUGAAUUAUCAAAGAAUGUGCAAAUGUCCACACCUGGUAAUGCAGGCUCUGAGACCACUUACACUUGUUGUCAUUGUAAUCAACAGUCAACCAAAUUUGGUAUGGAGGAACAUAUGAAGAAACAACAUAGGGAUCUUCCUUACCAAGUGAGAAGAGAAGAAAAAGACAGAGUUUUCACAGAAGUUCACAUAUACAAAUGCAUACAUUGUGUUAUUGAAAGUAUAUCACUUGCACAGGCUAUGGAUCACUGGAUUCAAAACCAUCCCCUGUUAGAUUUUAAAUUUGAUUUGGUAUUAAGACACUCUGGAGAAGUCUCUAACCAAGUUGUCACCAGCACGACUCUAGACAAAGAUUUAUCUCAAGAAGCAACAGACAGUGAGAAGAAUGUUUGUACAAGUGACAUUGAUGCUGAGGAAGAUGCCGGUGUUACAUCAUCUAUCGCCUCAUGCUCUGACAUCACAAGUAGCUCAGAAAGCUCGAAAGUAGUACCAUCAAGACAAAGAGAAGGCCUAAAGGAUACAUCAACAAGGAGAAGUUUAGAUACCGAAGAAGAGGAGAUAAUGGAGGUCUCUGAAUUAAUUGCAAAGGAAUCUGAAGGGCAGCCAGAUGCAGGUGAAACUGAAGACAUGAUCUACAAAUGUGGAUUAUGUAAAAAGAGUAGUGACAAACUUCAAGAACUGAAGGCCCAUGUGAACAAGAUACAUCCAGAGAGGGAUGUAAAGAUCAAGAAACUACCUCGUGGGGUGUUUGAGCAGCUGUAUCGUGCUGAGUACAAGUGUGGUUACUGCAAUGAAAAAGGGCGUCAUAAACCCAUAACAAGGCAUCACAAGACAGCUCAUCCUGGUCUUCCCAUGAAGGUUUCACGCCUACCUCAGCCUCCACGGGAGAAUGUCUAUUUCCGAUGUGAUGUUUGUGGCCAUGUUGUUAAGAACCUACAGUCAGUGCGCCACCACAUCCGUCGUCACCAUCCUGACUCAAAUGAGUUUACCUUUUCCAAAUUAACAUUGGGAUCUCCCAUGCGACCUCCUGUCAAGCAGCCAUACAAGUGCAAUUAUUGUGGUGAUGUUGGUGAAACUCUGGAAGAAAUGCACACUCAUCAUGCAUUCUUGCACUCCCACCUUGAAUGCAGUAUUACAAAUCUAAUGGAUGAGGCCUUGUCAUCUUUGCAUAGCCCAUCCACCAGUCACUCAGUUGCAGAGACUAGAAUUUCUUCUUCUGUUGCAUCGUCUGUAAGUAAUAAGAACAGUCCUAGUGUAUCAAGUGGAUUAAGUGAAGUGAGUAAACUAACCCAAAGUGUACCAGAAGAAACAUUACCUAGUAGAAUUACAGUUGAUGCUGGUCCUAGGGUUUCAAUGUGUAAGAAUACUGCAAGAAAGUCAAUGCCAAGUUUUCCUAAACGUGCUGUGGCCAUGAAGUCCACUUCAAAGCCACAGAUAAUUGCAGAAAGUUAUGAAAAUGCAGAGCUAAGUGUAUACCAAGUAACACAACCUCCUCUGGAACUAGAAAAUGUGUAUGCCUAUGUAAACCUUGGUACAGAUGUUCCAAUGAGACUAACUGUACAACAACUUGGAAAGCUGAUUAAUUUAGAGCCACAAGUUGUAGUGACUGAUGUCUUAAACAAAGAAAAUUGCUAGUGGAAAUUAUAUGUUUGCAGCUAAGUAUUUGUACUUACAAUAUGUUAGUCAAUGAACUGGACUGUGCUCUAAAUCAUGCUAUAGAAUGAGCAUAAUGCCAUAAAUAUGUAUCUUCAUGUACAGUUACAAGUAACCAAAUAUAUGUUUAAGAUUUGGGUGGGAUUUUGUAAUGUAUGAUAAUAUUUUAGUAAAUGGUGUACAACCAUGUUAUUGAUACAAAACAAGUUCUGCCUUGUAUGAAUAUUGAAAUUUUGUACGCUAGAAAUCUCAUUUCACAGAAUUCACUGUAAAUAUUAGAGAUUAAAUAUUUUCAUCAUUUACAUUUGUGUCCAUUGAGGAGAUUAAGAACUGGUGCUGAAACAAUAAGAUGUAUGUUAGUUUUUGGUAGUUUUACUAUUUUUAUUUUAUUUUUUUAAACUCUAAGUUCUCUUAUGUAAUGCCGGUAAGAGCAUUCCUAAAAUGUACAUCCCUGUUUUGUUUCAGCUAAUCAGAAUAACAGUUAAUCAAUAAACCACACACAUAAGAAAACAAAGUGCAGUUAUCAAAAGUACUAUGAUUUUUAAGUGUUAUUUUCAGCUUAAUUGUCUCACUUCUUCAAACUAGUUUCUAUGCACCUAAAUAUCUAGAAAUUCAUGUACUGGAUUCGUAUUUUCGUAACACACAAUACACAUGCAUAAGUGUUAUUUCCUGAUAGUAUAUAAGUCUUGGCAUGUAAAUAAAUGAAGAAGAAUGACUAGGUUUGCUCACUGCUGACCUGUGCCAUCAGCACACAAUGUAUUGGAUUCUGAGUGAAGCAAAAAAAAUAAAAAAGAAAGGGUUUUUUUGCUUUGACUGUUUAUAUUUAUUAAUUUGCAUAUUGGCAUGAAAUGAUAAGAAAAUAAAGGGACUGGAUCAACCUUGAGCAAACAAUAUAUCAAAUAAUAAAUAAAAAAAAGUAUCAUUAAAUUAAGGAAAUCCACUGUCUAAUAGAACUGGUACAUUGAAGGAGUUUUGCUUUAAUCUUUGAGUUAUGAGUAUAACAGGCCUUGAUUCAAAUAACUGUGAUCCUUUGUGCUAAAUUAAUCAACACAACACCUCAAAAUGUUAUAGAAAAUAAAUAGAAAAAGUUAUAUAUAUAUAUAUAUAUAUAUAUAUAUAUAUAUAUAUAUAUAUAUAUAUAUAUAUAUAUAUAUAUAUACCACAAAUAUUAGACUGGCCAUGUAAUCAAAUGCAUAUGCAAAUUCAUUGUGUUCCUAAACUCUUCAAAAAUCCAAUAAAGAUCAGAAUUGAAAGAACAGAACAUUACAGUUAUUGAAUAGCACUAAUCAUAAAAUUAUAUAUUUGUCACCACUUGGCUGGUUAUGAUAAAUUUACAAAACAUGAGUUUAAAGAAGGUGCCUUUCUGCUAUCACUGAGAUGCCACGAACCACAUAGACAUUUAAUUAUCUUUCAUAUUUGAAAUGUUAAUCCUCCAAAUUUUAUUAAAAAUAUGUAAUAAGAAAUCCAAGCAAAAGUCCUUCCCAAAGCUAUAACAUUGAAUUGACUGAAGAAAUAAACUCUCUCUCUCUCUCUCUCUCUCUCUCUCUCUCUCUCUCUCUCUCUCUCUCUCUCUCUCUCUCUCUCUCUCUCUCUCUCUCUCUCUCUCUCUCUCUCUCUCUCUCUCACACACACACACACACACACACACACACACACACACACACAAAACUUUUCACAACUCACACAGUAUGAUUAUUUUCUACCAUUCCAUUAGCAAUUUGGUUACUAAAGACUGAAGCAGCACUGGCUUCUUGUGAUGUUACAAUUUGCUUAUGCCCUGCAUACGUACUGUUUUGUCAGACAGGGGAUGCUUUAUUCUCUAAUUUAUAUGGUUAUUAAUUUUAAAAGCAAACCUUCAAUUAAGUAUUGGUUUGAAUGUUAAUGUACAAACAAUUUUUAGGUAUUUAAUAAUGGAGAUGUACAUUUAGAGUAUUACAGUUCCUAGUUAGGUUUGUUAUGUGUAAUUUUUAGAUUGCUGCCCUAUAUUUGAUCAUGAUUUAUAUGAGAUAUCUGAGUAUUCAUAUACUUUGCAUUCCAUUUUAGUUAGUUUGUAAGUGUUUGAUGGGUUGAUUUUUGACCACAUUUAUGCUGCUACCCAGGAGUCCGUGAUCGAUUAGGUUCUCUGAGCAGCUGUUGUGAACAUUUUGAUAAUUUGUACUUUUCUUUGAUUUCUUUUUAAAUUCUGGAAUCCAAUAAAUUAUAAAACUAG